AUGAAUGCUGCAGAAGUGGCUGUGGUAUCCAAGGCAACAGACAUUUCAUAUUCCCUUGCUCAGAGGAAGCCUGUGUCGGACCAGUUCGAAGUGGCGGAAAGGAUUAUGCAUCAUAGAAUUCCCAGGCCGCGGGAAUUUUCACCCCGUCUUCCGAAUCAGUCUCACUGUGACGUCAUCUGCAGACGCCCGGCGGGCUGGAAGCGUGGGCGACGGCGGCCUCGUUGGACGGCUGACGGCAUUGCAGGUCCAAUCUGUGCGUCGAGAUUGCCUGAUUAUUUUCUCUUGCUUUUCGUUGGCAGCCCUGCUGCUCCGCCCUCGCGCUCGCUUUUCUUCUGUUGUGUUCUCAACUCCAGGUCCACUCCUCCCAUCGUCCCGUCCCUCAGCUCCACUUACCUCUGCCGUGUGGUAAACAUGCCGCCUGUUAUUUACGUGGCCAUUGGACUGCCGGGGUACAUCCGCUGCCCGGUGGAUGCCAACUCCGCCUGUCACUUCAGUGAAGUGGAAAAAGACGGCCUGCCUCUGCGGAUAGAGAAGGUGAGUCCAGCAGGACAUACUUCUGGCUGGAGCCAAAUGGAAGAUGGGAGCAUUCGAGUGUCUGAGGUGACAGAGGACUCUCUCGGCACCUACACCUGCGUGCCUUACAAUAGCCUCGGUACAAUGGGACAGUCCCCUCCCGCCCCUCUGGUGCUAAAGGACCCACCCAAAUUUCUGGUGGUUCCUGGAGGGGAGUACAGGCAGGAGGCUGGUCGAGAGCUGGUCAUCCCCUGUGAGGCAGAAGGAGACCCAUUCCCCAACAUUACAUGGAGAAAGGUAGGGAAGCCCAGCAGAAGCAAGCACAACGCCCUACCGAGAGGCAGCUUACAGUUCAAAUCUCCCAGCAAGGAGGACCAUGGGGAGUGGAGUGUGUCGCUCCAAUGUCGCUGACUGAGCAUCACUGCCAGCACGCACCUCCUAGUAAUCGGCACAAGCCCACACGCCCCGCCAAAGUCCACGCUUCGGGUCUCGACGACCUCGGCCAACGUCUCGUGGGAACCCGGUUACGACGGCGGCUUUGAGCAGACAUUCUCAGUCUGGGUGAAGAGGGAGCAGUUAGGACCGCAUGACUGGCUGUCCAUGCCUGUGCCCAGCGGGCAGCACUGGCUCCUGGUGCAAGGCCUGGAGCCCGAGACGGCCUACCAAUUCAGCGUCCUGGCCCAGAACAAGCUGGGACGGGCCCGUUUCAGCGAGGUCGUCACUGUGAACACACUAGUAUUUCCUAUAAGUACCCCAGAACCACUGGUGCUGCUUACCCCACCACGGUGCCUCACAGCCAACCGGACACAGCAGGGAGUCCUACUCACAUGGAUCCCUCCAGCCAAUCACACGUCGCCAAUUGAUCACUACAUCAUGGAGUUCCGCCUCGGGGAGAGGUGGGAUGUUCUUGAUGAUGCAAUCCCUGCUGGAGAGACAGAGCUAUUGGCUAGAGACCUGGUUCAGGAGGCCUGGUAUGAGUUCAGAGUGAUGGCAGUUAUGGAGGACCUUGUCAGUGAGCCCAGUAAUGUAGUGGGAGUCUCUAGCACAGACUACUUCCCGCCGCCUGAGGUGCCAGACGAGGGGCUGGCGCGGCCGGUGGUGGCAGGCAUUGUGGCCACCAUCUGUUUCCUGGCAGCAGCCAUCCUCUUCAGCACGCUAGCGGCCUGCUUCGUCAACAAACAGAGACGGCGUAAGCUCAAGCGGAGACGAGAUCCCCCUCUGUCUAUAACACACUGCAGAAAGAGCGUGGAGACUCCGAGUCCUCUUACCCCUCUACCUGGCAUAGAACCCUACUGGGAAGGCCAGGAAAGGAGCAGCUACAGGCCUCCGCCCUCCAGUCCUCUAUCAUCUUCUGGAAAGGUUAGUCCAGAAAGUGUCCGCUCCAUAGGACCUCCUUCAGAAUCCUCAGAGGAUGGUUUGCGAGCCAAGAAGUUUCCUCAAAGUCCUGCCAAGGAGAAGGAGCUGUCUUUAUACAAGAAGACCAAGAGAGCAAUAAUUAGCAAGAAAUACAGCGUCUCUAAGCACGAGGCGGAGGCUACCACGCCAAUCGAAUUGAUUAGUCGUGGCCCAGAUGGGCGCUUUGUCAUGGAACCUACAGAUGCGGAAACUCCAGUUAAGGCAAGGCGCAUCGAGGGCUUCCCCUUCGUGGAGGAGUCUGACCUCUAUCCUGAAUUUCGACAGUCAGAUGAGGAGAAUGAUGAUCCGGGGCCCAUGCCGCCUAUGAUGGCUACCCUCAGACCCCAUCAGAUCUCGCCCAUUUCUUCUAGCCAGGAGUCUUACUUGCAGCCCCCAGCCUACAGUCCCCGCUUCCAGAGGCCCAUGGAAGGCAUGACUAUCAUGGAAACUAGUCGACUCCAGGCUACAGGACAGAUUCGUGGUGCUCCUCACUUCCGAGCCUUUUCCCAUGGCCAGUUCUACAGCUACUUGGGAAGUCCAGGGGAACCUGAGCCUCCGCCUCCCUUCUACAUGCCAGACACCAGCCCUCUCAGCUCAGUAAUGUCUUCUCCUCCUUACCACCUGGAGGGACCUUUCGGUCAUCCCACCAUCCCGGAGGAAAUCGGUGAGGGAGAGAUUCAGCAUUAUGCAGUCUCUGGCUACACCCUUCCCUUGGCUCACCCCUCCACCUCACGCUCUCCAGACAUCUGGCAGCGACCCGAUUUUACCUUUGCCACAAUCGAGGGUCCUCACUUUAUUUUUCCACCCCCCCACCCUUUGCAUCUUCAUCCGGAACCUCCCCUUCCUCCCCCUCUUGUUCUUCCUCCUAGUGCACUCCAGCCCUCUGCCCUUCAAGUAUCUCCGUACCCUGGUAUCCUGCAGCUGGAGGCCCCAAAGAGCCGCCCAGGCAAGUCUCCCAGCAAGGUCAAGCCUCAGGGCCUUCCAGCCAAGCGUUUACCUAUGCAAGAGGCACAGAGUCUAGGGCAGCUAAGACACACAAGCCACGGUAUGGGUGUACCGGUAUUGCCUUACCCUGACCCGGUGUCUCACAUGGUUGGCCCAAGCUCGUUUGGAAGCCUGGAUACGCGAUGGUACGAGCUUACACCCAGGCUUAGCCCAAGGCAGCCCCGCAGGAUGGAGCCCGGCAUGGUAGUUCUACAGCCUUCCCGCCUCUCUCCUCUAACUCAAAGCCCGAUUAGCUCUCACGAAGGCUCACCGGAGAUUGUAGUGCGCCCCAGGCCCCGUCCCAGUGUCAUCCAACCCCCGAUCCCUCCUGAGAUGUCUGAGAUCACUCUUCAACCUCCUUCUUCAGCUAGUUUCUCUAGAAGGUCCUCCCCCUCCUCCUCUCCUGCUCAAGGCCAAGGCAGCCGAAGGGCAAGUCCCAGCUACCGAUCCCACAUGGCAUUUGCCACCUCAGCAGCAAGCUAUCCGUCACAGUCCCCUUCACCUCCUGUAGAAAGCAGCAACAUUUUCGGGCAGAUGCCAACUCAGAGGAGGACUGAGGAGGAGAUCCUUCCGUCAGAACCCUCUCCACCCCAGUUAUCAGCUUCAGGAAAACGUCGAGGUGCACCAAGUGGCUCUGCAGGGUCUGAGAGGAUAGAAGCACUGAGAUAUCAACGAGUGAAAAAAGCCAAGAAAAUCGGCAUCAACAAUAACAACUCCAAGACUAGACGAAAGACGGGUGUGCCCCCCUCUCAGACCCAGCAGCCCCACACCUCUCAGGUCCUCCAGCCAGAAGAAGCUCUCUACCUCCGCAAGAAGAAGAAAAAGUUGACUCGCCAGGACCCGUACGCCCGCUUCUCCGCUCUGCUGUACCGCCGCCCGACCCGAGAAGACCAGAAAGCCAUUUUGGCUAGUAUGGACACAGCAGACCCAGACCACGCCACUCUCCUCUGAAGUCCCAGAGAUUACAGGCCACACUCUCCCCAAACUCUGAGCUCUUCCACCUAUGCUCAGCCAGCCAACGUCUUCACGUCCACACCCCCCUCCAAUGGUUUACUCCUCUUUUCUUUUUCGUAACGCUCAAUGUGUCACAAGAAAAUGCUUGUGUUCCAAGGUUUUGCUCUAGUCCAUUUACCUCAAAGGAUCGGUCAUUUUAAGAUUAGAAGAUUAAAAAGAAUAUCUUAUAUGCCUCAAUUUAUCUUUGGGAUUUAGUGACUCUUAUCGGAUGGUGCGUCAGAUAAGAGCACAGCUGUCAAGCUUCUGUUUCAUCCUGCCAACAGUCUUGACCAUAUCUAGCAGAUCACAGGGUUUUCACAGGUAUACCUCAAACACACCACAAUCUCAGUGCUGCUAUACUGACAAACACAAUAGACGUUAACAAUCCAAAUAUUUGUUUGUGUUAUCAAAUAUGACAUUCCACAGUGCACGUUUCGGACAUAUUAACAAACCAUCCGUGAAAAGUGCAAUGGACACUACCAUUCAAAAAAUGGAGGUCAGUAUGAUUUUCAAGUGUUUUUAAAAUGAAUGUGCUUACUGCAUUUAUUUGAUCAAAAAUACAGUAAAAACAAAAAUAUUAUUACAAUUUGUAUUUUAGUAUAUUUUAUAAUGCUGUUUAUUCCUGUGAUUGCAAAGUUGAAUUUUCAGCUGCUAUUAAUGCAGUGUUCAGUGCCACGCGACCUUUCUUAAAUCAUUUUAGUAUGUGGAUUUGGUGCUUAAGAAACCUUUCUUAUUGUUGUACUCAAUUGUACUCAAUUGAAAUCCAAGAUUUUUUGAUGAUGAAAAGAACAGCAUUUGUUUAAAGUACAUUUUAAGUGUAUCCAUACUAAAUAAAAGUAUUGAUUUCCUUCACAAAAUCUUACUGACCGCACAUUUUUUAAAUGGUAGCAUUUUUUAAAUAUAUUUGCACCGUGGCUGUUAUUGAUGGUAUUUGAGAAGCUGCAAGUAUUGUCUACUCUCACACUAAUGCUAAUACUCCUUCUCUACAUUUGAGGAGAAAAUGGAAACACUUUUCUACAAAGCACAACAAUUUUUCUGUUAAUGCUACAGUACAGGCAGAGACAUAGGCUUGGAUGGCAAUGGCAGCCAUUUGAAUAAGGGAACAUUUCAUUCCAAUGCCAUUUUUGAUAAACAUGUGUACUGAAGCUGCUAUAUCCUUCUACACGCUUUUUGAACACAAACUUGUACUGAAGCAAAACCUUGGUGACUACUGUGAGUGACGUUUUUUCAUUUACGCCAACCUCACUUUUUUCGCAGUUUUCAAGCUCUAUUCAGAAAGUACUAUAGUAAUGCCAAAAAUACUACAGCUUCCUUAAUCAAUAAGACUAUAAAAUGUACUGUACUGUGAGGAGGAUAGGAUUUUGUGCCAUAAUAAACUAUAGUAUUUUUGUCAUCAAAAUGCGAUGCCCCUUACAUAAAAAGGCAUACAUUGGCCUUAAUAGGGCUCCUUAAUGCUUAUUCCUGUUGUGUUUUAUUUAGUUUAUUCAUUUAUUUUUCGAUUAAGUGACAAAAAAUGAAAUCUACUGCCUUUGUAGGCCAUUUUCGAGCCUUUUUGUUUUUUGGUUAAACCAGAAACGUCAACCCAGCGCCAGUCUCUCUCCUCUGUGAAGACCCUUGGGGGAAAAUCUCUUUGGGAUGAGAGGGCUAUUCCCAGCGGCCAAAGGUUUUUAUUGUGUUUCUAUCAUCCAACGGUGCUUCUUUUAUACAGAAAGACAUGUAUUUUCACUGUCUGAACAGACAUACCUGGGCAAAUGUACAUUUUAGCGUGCUAGCCAUUGUCCAGGGGGGAUGUAAUGGCCGUCAGAUGAGAGGUGGCAUGUUCUGUGUCUUAUCACUUGUACAGAUGUGCAGUCAGCUUGUACAUUUGAAAAAUGUCUAAAACUGCAACAAAUCGCUGAGCAUUGUAAUGUUUCUUCAGCCUGGGAAACAAAUUCAAAUCGAAAAAAGCAAGUGAAGGUGAACCCUUGACCUCCAGAUCGCAGGUAAAAGGGGUUAUGGGUGCGUGGUUCAUGGCUAAGCCCCUAAAUGGCCGAUCACCACAUUAAAGGCAUUUUAACAGCCUACGUAAGGUGCUAUAAAAAGUCUUCAGACUGAACUCUGUUAAUAAUAUAUCAUUAAUUUGAUCUUCCGGCAGAUAAUGGCUGCUGCUUAUAGGUGCUGUCACAUUUCGACAUGAUUUUGUGAGCAAAAAUGGUUUGUUGUCUAUUAUCAAUAGUGUUGACCUAUGGGAAGUUACUUUCAAAUUAAGCAGCUUUCUGUUAAGGUGUGGUUGCAUUUAAUGUUGUUCGGUCAUUUUAACACAAAUUUACACGUUUGGUACAGUAAUUUCGCAUUUGCCCACGAUAGAUCGUGUUGACCAAACCAAAAAGUUGUUUGGUUUGAAAGUGACUUCUUACGUUGGUAUCACUAUUGCCGAUAGACAAGAAAUUUCACCGAAAUUUUUGCGAAACUAAUGUGACUACACCUCAUAUCCUGAACACCUCAGUAUUUGAUGUUUUAGGAUUUCAACACCAUCUUUCUGAUAAGCCUUCAAGUGCGGUCACAUUAGCCAUUGUUUGGUGAAUUUUAGCUGGUGGAAUCCUGUCAUUGUAACGGAAAUCCUCAUGUUCAGAAAUUUCGCUCGAUGAUGACGAUUUUUGCAAAGGAUUUGACGUUUUCCAGGUUCACCGCGUUGACUGCUUGGUUGAAAGCGAUGUUUUUCUGAGAUGCGCUUCAUACAAUGCUACUAUUGUCACUAAAAAAUAAUACUUUUCUCCCUGCAAAAUUUCGCCAAAAUUUCACUAAUGUGACCAUACUUUUUGCUGUCUGCUGUGGCGUUUUGAGGGUCUUCAAUUAUAUCGACAUCCAUACUUGACUAGCAUCGGAGCGUUAAAUAUUAGCGAGCGCGAGUUUUGAGCUGGGAAGCAUGCUUGACGGUUGGAGAAGCUACGCUGUUGUCGUAGCUGCCAUAUAGUGGAGAUUUUAUUAAUUUGCUUGGAUGUAACGGUAGCUUAUACACGACAGACCAGCGCAUCAAGUGCACCUUUUAGGCAUCACUAAAGGUCAACCUUUGUGGAAGAUGUUGAUUUGGAUCAGAGGAUUGAUUGUCAAAGAGUCAGACACCAUUUUAAGCUUUUAGCGAUUCUGAGCUCGACACGCUUCGUGCCGUGAGGCCUGCUCAGAUUCCCGAACCGUGAUUGAGCCGUCAUUUGUAUGUCGUGUGAAUGGCUUUACAUUUUGAGCAAAGACUUGAUUGUUCAUACUUGUAAUUUUGUUUUAUUUGUGAAUCAAGUAACCAGAUUAGACGAGACCUACUUGCUAAAGUUAGGUUUUCUAUUAGUGUGUAUCAAAACACACUGUUUUAGGUAGAAGAGGCGACUGAUCGUCUCGUUCACUCGAGAGAUGUGCUUAUCCUAAGUAUUUUUGAUCCAUUUCACUGGGCAAUUGUCAAAUAUGGUGCUUUCUAAAAAAAUAUAUAAAACUAUUUAAUUAUCUAAAUAUUUUGUUCCUUUUUUUAUUUGAAGCCUUCAUACAAGAGAAUAAUAUCGAAAUGAAUAUCCAAAAUGCUAGGAAUGUACUGUAACAUGUAAAAAACUAAAAACAAAAAAAAAAAUGUAUAUAAUAUAAUAGCAUAUAUUGCACAAUGUAUUAUAAAAUUUUAGUAAUUUUGAAUAAAUUGGCCAAUAUAUGCACGCAACAGAAUAUAUUGAUAUAAAACAUAUUGUCAUAUUUUGAAUUCAGUUUUUAAUAAGUUACUUUUUCAUGAGGGAUGAAAUGCAUGAGAGCAUUUUUGAGCCAAAAAUGUGUUGUAAAUGAUUCAGUCCACUUGCAUUCACUCUCACGUUGGACUUGCAACUUGUUUAUUUUGUCGGUGAAUGUUUUUUGGAUACCGGUCUAGCUCAAAUUCUGCUUUGCAGGGGACUUCUGCUACUGUAGCAUCAAUUGUUGAACAGAUUGGCUAACUCUAGAGCGGCCAGAUAAAUGAGCUGUUUGGGGAUUUUGAGAGGUAAUUAAUGCUAACUUGAUUCGACUCUUGGGCGGCGUAGGAUUAGAUUCUGAAAUGAACCUUUAUCUUUUUUAGUAGCAUUAUAGCCAUAGUAGAGACGCAUUCAAACAUUGGUUAGUUUAUUUAUUGUUACACUGUACCAAUUUUAUAUCCAAACAACAAUGAAAACAUUUCUUUUGACAGAAUAUCUCAAGAUUAGCAUUUUUUUCCGUUCUGGAUCAUUCUCUGAGGCGCAUUGUUUUUAAUAAAACAACAUCCUAGUAAAUCUUCAUUUCUUUGUUUUGGUUUGUUUUGUUAUCCUCAUCUUAUGUCCUAGCAGCAUGUAUCUUCUAGUUUUUUCAUGACAUCGCAUUCACGUUUACGUUCAGAGUGGACACUUGCUUACCAAAGCAACUUACAAGAAAGUGCAGAAUUGGCAAAUGCCCGAAUAUUACUUCAUCUUGGAAUGAAAGAUGCUUUACUCGUAGGCAAACCGGUUUUAGCUGGUAUGUUGAUUGUUUAGUUGCAAAAUCUGUUUGAAUGCUGAUUUAUGCCGAAAUUGGAGCAGUUUGCUUCCAGUCACAGAAAAAGAGCUAAAACGUUAAAGUUAUGAAGGUCUAGAGUCGUUUUUGAGAGUCUAACCCUGUUUUAUUAUAUACAUGUUUACAUAAGAAAGAAUAGAUUUGUAUUUAUUAUCUUUUUUAGCAUGAUUUUGGGAUUUUGCUAAAUGUUACUGAACCAGUCAGUUAUAAUAUGGGUGCAACAAGAUAAUGAAAUAUUAUUAUUUGAUUAGUAUAAUUGUUUAUUAUUUCAUUUCAACAGAGAGGAACAUUGUGCAAAAAAACUGCCUCUUACACAUACAUAAUUCUGUCAUUUACUCACCUUCAUGUUGUUCCAGUAAAAAAACAAGGUAUUUUGAGGAAUGCUUCUGUACAAAAAUCCAAAAUUACGUCAAACUCCAUCCAGCAUUUUUUCAGAUAUCCUAUGCUUUCUCAGAAGAAAGUAAAAAAACAUGACAUGGCUAAAUGUUUUUAACAUCACAGUGACACCACUUAAAAAAUAUUUCUUCAUCACCCUAAAAGAAAUAAUAUCUUAUGUAUGAUAGUUUGAUGAAUAGAGCAGUGACGUGAUUCAUGUGCACUUUUAAAAAUAAUUGUAAAAAAAUGACACAAACACAAUGCAUUGCACGCAUAGCCUUUAAUUCAGUUUUAACAGUCUGAGCAGAUGAAAUUCAGAGCGCUUUAACCCUUAAAAUGACCCUUACUGUGUGUUCAUCCGUUUUCUUUCGUUUUUAUCCAUGACGGUUGCAUAUAUUAUGUAUCCAUGUACAGAUAUACAAAUCUUUUCCGAUUAUUGUUGCCACUAAUGAGCAAACAAACUAAGUUAACCUCUCAAAAGAUGACCUCUUAUAGUACAUCAGGGAUGCAAAAAGCAUAUGAAUAAUCAUGCUGCUCAUCGUUUUGGUACAGUCUCAGAUCGAGAGGGAGAAAGCAUGGGAUCAGCACAAUGCAGAGGACGAGAGAAGCGUGUGGCGGUCAUGUCCUCGCGUGGCACUUAGUGCACCAUUAGCCUGCAGGAAACUCAUAGGGAUUUUCAGGACACCAGCUCCACAACAGACACACAUACCAGAACUACCACAAGGUGUAAAUAAAAAAAUGCAAGUCAUGCAAUAUAUAUUUUUUUGUAAAUGAGAAUAUGUGGUACACUGUGGCUGUUGAUGGAUGAGUGGUCAUAGAGUCAUUUUACGGUCUGUCUCAGUGGUUAUGAAAACAUGUAGCAGGCCUUCAAUUAAAUAUAUAUAUAUACAUAUACAUAUAUAUAUAUAUAUAUAUAUAUAUAUAUAUAUAUAUAUAUAUAUAUAUAUGUAUGUAUAUGGAAUAACAUUAAAAGUUACACAUGCUAUUAGAAUCUCAAACCAAAGUGGAAGGUGUUAUCUAUCAUUUUUUUUCCAUUUUUCCCGUGCGUUUCAUUGUCAUACAGUACAGCUCUGGUUCAAGCAAUACAAAAUAUAUUAAAAAAAUGUGACAACACAAUAUACAGUGAAUGAUAAAAACUAUAUUAAAGUGACAUUUCUGCUUACGUUCUCAAUCUCAAUUCUCAUUUCCAAAUGAAGCAUGUGCUGAAUUUUAUUUCAUGCUCAUUUUUAGAGAAUCUCAUCUAUGUAAAGUGAACCGUAUUCCCAUUGUCGGUACUUUGGACAGAAAUUUGCAUCAAAAAUGACCCGUUGCUGAAUUUUGAGUCGAAUAUACCUGCAGAGAUGGAUUUGAUCUCUUAGUUUUUUGUAAGGUGGUCCGGCUACAGUGCUGUUUGACCGGUCAGCGCGAGAUCUUGUGUCUGUUUGACGGUCUGUUGUGGGGGUAGAUCGUGUGGCACCUGCAAUAUGUAUAGCAGCACAGUCCAAGAUAUACGUAUGUAUUCUGUAUUCUUAUAGUCAACAGACUGUACCAGUAGAAAUAUUUUGACAGUGAACCGUAUGUAUAAAUAACAGAUAUUUAUAGUUACGUAAUAAAAGGCUAACUGGGGAAUCUUUAAUUUUGUACUGCGAGAAAAACCAAGAAGAUUUGUUCCAAUUUAGCUGUCUUGUUUAUGGAGAAAUACAGUACAUGUUCUUUCUGCUGUUAGAUGCUCAUGGUAGCAAGGUGUGGUCAUUAGCGAAUAGCAAAUGAUGCGAACUGCUUUUGUAGUAGGUGUGUAUUCUAACAAUCACCGUAAUCUUUUCUAGAGACCUCAGUGUGGUGUGUAAGCAGCCAUACCAUUGAACAUAUCAUGACUUGGUGCUAUUGCUGAUCUAUUUUGUGGUCCAGACCAGAGGUAACUCUGCGCCUCACGUUUAUCGCCAUCUUUCCUGUAGAUGUACAGAGUAAAUGAGAGAAAACCACACAUGAAUACCUUGAGAAAAAAAAAAAAAGUACUUUGUUACCUGAAUGUGCUACCAAAAACUAGAGAUGAGCUUCGGCAUUUAGAAUAUACUGGAAGCGGACACUUGGCAGUCAGUAAAACACACUAUAAGAGGUUAGAAUUACGGUGCGACAUAGUUUUAGCAGUUUACAUGUUUAUUUGUUGUUUUUCUGUUUCCUUAAUUUUUUUUUUUUUUUUUUUGGUAGAAUAUUGUUAAUAAGGACAAUGUUAACCCUUUCGGUAGCUUCGACAUAGGUUGUACUGGAAUGCAUUUGCACCAUCGCAGUCUCUUUUUAAUUUCAUUUGUAGAAUCAUUUGCAGAUUUGCACAUCGCGAUAUGACCUCAUUCAAUUUAAAUGGCAUUAAUAUUCCAUUACUUUCCAUUGAUGUGGGUUUCAAUCCAUAUGCUGUACACUCAACAUUUGCCUGCACGGAAACUAAAAUGAAUUAAACAAACUGUAAUCUGAGGUCAUAAACAACACCAGGAUUUUAUAGCGCGUCAUUGUUUUUAAAAUCUAAUAUUUUCUUCUUCUUUUCAGAUGGUUUGCUUGUGUGAUUCCCCCCAAAAUGUAAAAUUGUCAUCAUUUAGUUUAAUUCGCGUUGAUACAAAUGAUAUUUGAGAACUGAUCAUUUUUUGGGGGGGUGACCUAAUUUUUCAAAAGUGUCAUUUCUUACUCUAAUUACCGGAUGAAUGUUAUUAUCUGAUAUGUUGAGCAACACAUUAAGGAAUGUGCUAAUCCAUUUUGUUUUGUAUCAUUUGAUCUCAUUUGCAUUGUUGUCACUGCUGUUCAAUAGCCUUGCUGUAUUGUUUUGAUGUGCUUUCAUGUUUCAGAUAAAUGAAAUUUGAAGCGGCACCCAUA